GUUACAGAUAAAAAAGUUUCCAGGAAGCAUGCUACUCUGAAAAUAGUUGGUGACCAGCUUAGCAUCAAACCGGUCCAUGUGAACCCUUGUUUUUACUGGCCUGUUGAAGAUGACCAACUAUUUCCACUGGAUAGAGAUAAGUGGCAUCAGUUGUGUCCAGGUGACAGUUUUUCUCUGUUAGUAGACAAAUACAUUUUCAAGGUUCUGCGUACUUCACUGGAAAAGGAAAGCCUGCUAAGGGAAAAUGGUAAUCUCUGUGUAGAAGACCUACCAGAUCAAAUCCCUACAACUCUGCAGUCAACCAUGAUGUCUCACAGUCAGCCUUCAGAACAAUCAACAAUCCCUUCUAACAAAAAACAGCUUCCAGAAGUACAUUCACUUGUGGAAAACGCAACCGAAAUCCCAGAGAAGUUUACUCUUCCUAAAAAAGAAGAAUCAAGGCCUGCUCAGCGAAAAAGACAGCUUCCAGAAUGGAUGCUGCCAACAGAUCUAAUGGCUUCAACUCAGUCAACCUCUAAAACUGUUAUUGUUGAAAAUUAUAUAGUAACAAGUGUUCUUGCGGAUGAGAGUGAUGAUGAUGGUGAACCAAAUGAAUACAACUUGAAUGACAGUUUUAUAGAUGAUGAAGAGGAGGAAGAAGAGUAUGAUCCUACUGAUGAAGAUUCUGACUGGGAACCAGAUUGUCAAGACAAUGACGGUGAAGAUACGGACAUGCUUCUCAAAGAAGCACAGAAUUUUGUUAAAACUAAGAACUAACUGCAUUCAAAUAUUUUGAUAGAGUUUAUAAAGUAUCAUUCACCUACAUGAAACAUGUAUCCCAUUAGUUAGUAAUGUCAUUUUUUAAAUAGUGACUUACGUUAAUUUUACUUCAUAAAAUUGGAUUAUGUAUGUAUAUUUUCAAAAUUUCAUGACUCCACAGCUGAUAAUGCUUGUGAAAAGAUCUUAUGUGUUAGGGAGUACACUUAAGAUUGCUGGAUUAAUAUCAUCUUCGUAGUGAUAAAUAGGGCUUUGUGAUUUAAAAUAAUGCUUUCCUAAACUUUGUAUUAAUGCAUUUAAUUGCACAUAUGGAUAAAAAAAUCCAUAUUAGUAAUGGCACUAAUUUGGAUUUCGUUUCAUUUUUUUAUUGUCAGACUGAUAAUAAAACUGUAAAUAGUAACUGCA